GCAUAUUUAUAAAAACUGGCCACAUCCUAGGUCACACAAAAACAACAAAAAGCUAUCCUACAGGAGAGGAACUUAGCAACUCAAAGAAUGUGCUAUGGAAUUUUAGAAACAAGAUUAUCUUAUUAUCCAAAAAAGAUGACACCAACUAGGUUACUCUCAAAAGACAACCAAGUGAGCACCACAGACUAAUGAGUAGAAUCAAUAAGAACGUGAUUUUGGCGCUUUUAACUUUGACAAGUUCUGCAUUUCUGCUGUUUCAGUUGUACUACUACAAGCACUAUUUAUCAGCAAAGAAUGGAGCUGGUGUAUCAAAAUCUAAAGGAAGCCAAAUCGGAUUUGAUAGCACACAGUGGCGUGCAGUUAAAAAAUUUAUUAUGCUAACAUCCAGCCAAAAUGUACCAGUGUUCCUUAUUGAUCCUUUGAUUCUGGAAUUGAUUAAUAAAGACUUUGAACAAGUCAAAAAUACUUCGCAUGGCUCCACUUCAGAAUGCAAGUUUUUCUGUGUUCCAAGAGACUUUACUGCAUUUGCACUGCGAUAUCACCUAUGGAAGAAUGAGGAGGGCUGGUUUCGGAUAGCUGAAAAUAUGGGCUUUCAGUGCCUAAAGAUCGAGAGCAAAGAUCCCCGGCUGGAUGGAAUAGACUCACUUUCUGGAACCGAAAUUCCCCUGCACUACAUCUGCAGAUUGGCUAAUCAUGCCAUCCACUUGGUGGUCUUUCAUGAGAGGAGUGGCAACUACCUCUGGCAUGGCCAUUUACGACUCAAAGGACGCAUGGACCGGAAAUUUGUCCCUUUUCGAAAGUUACAGUUUGGCCGUUAUCCUGGAGCUUUUGACAGGCCAGAGUUACAACAAAUUACUGUUGAUGGACUCGAAGUUCUCAUUCCGAAAGAUCCAGUGCACUUUCUAGAAGAAAUACCACACUCUCGGUUUAUUGAGUGUAGGUAUAAGGAAGCUCGAGCAUUCUUUCAGCAGUACCUUGAUGAUAACACUGUGGAAGCCAUGGCCUUUCGGAGGAGUGCAAAGGAAUUGUUGCAACUAGCAGCCAGAACAUUAAAGAAAUUGGGAGUACGGUUCUGGCUGAGCAGUGGAACUUGUCUAGGAUGGUAUCGGCAAUGCAACAUUAUUCCUUAUAGUAAAGAUGUUGACCUAGGUAUUUUUAUACAAGAUUAUAAAUCUGAUAUUAUUUCAGCAUUUCAGGAUGUAGGACUUCCACUCAAACACAAAUUUGGGAAGGUAGAGGACAGCUUGGAACUAUCUUUCCAGGGAAAAGAUGAUGUAAAACUCGACAUUUUUUUCUUCUAUGAGGAGACUGACCAUAUGUGGAAUGGAGGCACUCAGGCCAAAACGGGAAAAAAAUUUAAGUACUUAUUUCCCAAGUUUACACUGUGCUGGACUGAGUUUGUAGACAUGAAGAUUCAUGUGCCCUGUGAAACCAUUGACUACAUUGAAGCCAACUAUGGUAAGACCUGGAAGAUUCCUGUGAAGACAUGGGACUGGAAGCGCUCUCCCCCCAAUGUACGGCCCAAUGGAGUCUGGUCUAUUUCUGAGUGGGAUGAGGUUAUUCAGUUAUACUGAGACAGUAACUCAAAACAGUAGAAUUCCCCAUCUGAAACAAAGGUAGAUAACUGUUUAAGAAGAUACAUCUUUAUUUGUCAAACGUAAAUAGGAGCCAAAGAUGUAUGUCAAGUUUGAAGACGCAGAGAGUCUUAGCCUCUGAGCCAUCUGAUUUGAUCCUCUCAUUUUACAUUUAUUAAGGAGCCCCCAUGUGCCAGGUGCAGUGCUAGGUUACAGUAGAAGAGCAGAGGUGAGUGAGACAUACUUGCUCUCUUCCCCUUCAUGUUGGUAAAGCACCUCAAUUUUCCUUGGAGGGAAACGCUCUCACCCUGUGAAGAGCUCAUACAGAAUACAAUGUUCUUUCAAAAUGUUAGAUAAUGUCUGGACUGGAACACAGGUUUAUCGGGCAAAGCUAAGGAAGGAUAUACUAGCAGAAAAGAAUGCCCCGUUCCUGUUCUCAGCAGUUAAGCUUGUACAUUAGUGCUGCUUUUAAGGUUGUAGAGUCUGAGUUAAUAUUUAAGUGAUCAGACCUUAGGUGCCAUCAAGAAAAGAUGCCAACAGAUUCAUUUUACAAGGAACCUGACAUGGAAUUCAUCUAGGGCACAGGACAUCAUUCUAUAAGAGAAUGAGAACUUCUUUCUAACUUUGUCAAAGAUAUGCAAAUUUCCGUACAUUUUCUAUUUUUAUAUUUGAAGUGAAAAGAAAGCUUAUGCUUGUGUGAAGCUUAAAUUUCCAGCCAUUGUGAGAAUAUUUUCACUGACCUCUAUAGCACUUGUUAACAAAUCAUUCAAGUGAGAUCAUGCUACCAGACAGGAUUUUGAAAGGGUUGUGAUUUCAUGAAACUUACUUUCCUUAUUUCAUUACCAACCAUCUGUUAAGUAAAAAUAUGAGCUAUUCAUGGACUUUAAUAUUUUCUGAAUUUAUAAUCAUUGCAUUCCCACUUUUAAUGUUCACACUAAAAUAUUAAUAGAAAUACCUCUAAUUUUUCUAAUUGUACUCUUCAGUGUACUCAUUUAUCAGGUAUAGCUCCAUAUCUUUCAUUUAUGGCCUAUAAACCAAUUUAAAUGGUGUAUAAACCUACCUGUCCCCUCUGCUCUUCCAAUAGUAUCUCACAUCUCCAAAGUUAAGAUAAAUGGCACACCUGACAGAUGCUUUCUCCCCCAUCCCACCCCUACAUCAUAGUGUUUGUAAAGUUUGUGUCCAUUCCAGUUCUAUCUAAAUGUUCUAUCUGUUGCAUAUUGACGGGACAAGAACUCAGACUUCCCUGCUUUCUCAAAUACCACCCAUUUUGAGACCCUUUAGUUUCCUUUUCCCCCUCAAGACAUGUUUCUGAGUGGGCCAGGAUAGCUCUGUCUCGAUCAUCUCUUCAUGGGUCACUUUAAUUACAUAUUCCAAGUGAGAGGCAAAAGUGUACAUAGUCACAAUAAGCACUGCUUGCUUUUUCUUUGUCCAGGAAAGGAAGCUAAAUCUUACAUUUUGUUUAGGCUGCUUAGGACAACUUUCUGGACAAGAUCGCAGAUUUUCCUCUAAAACCAGAGAGUAAUAGGAGUGUCAGAAUUGAAAACCAGAAGGUCUGAGGGAAUGGGCUUGACUGAGUUUUCCUAAAACAAAGUUGGAAAAGUGACCAGCAACUACCCUACUCCAUACUUUCAAAACACCAAGAGCUUUUUUAAAUAAAUGGUAACCACUGACCUUCCUCUCUUAGGAUGAGCUUUCAAUGCAUCAUUAUUGGGUCUUUUCAUAACUAACAUAAUUAGGUUUUUAGAGACACAUGCAGAUUACCAGUAAACUUGUCCCCAGAUAAUAGGCUAUUGUAAUCAGCUUCCCCGUUGCUGGAAAACAAGCCCAUAGAAAUCAUACCCAAAUUCUAAAUAGCUGAACCUAAAUUAAUUUUUCAUGGUUGAAAAAAUAUCAGAUAAUAGUGUUCCUGGGCAGAACCUAACUGCUUAGUAAGGACCAUUUGCUUGUGCUUAGCAUCUAGAAGUGCAUAUAAAAGUGCAUAUGCAUUUCUUCCCAUUUCAAAUUAGGGCUUCCACUGUUGGCCAAGGAGUCUUACCCUCUCCUGUUUAGAUUUUUUUCCUUUUAUCUGCCUCUGGAGUCCAAGGUCUCGAAGUAUCCAAAAUAAGAUGGCUUGGCCUCAUUGACAGAGGUUUUAUAUCCUUCCCUACAGAGACCACUGGCAGCUGAAGUACCUUUCUUGACUACCUUCUGGUUUCACAGGCUUCAGCUCUUGAGUCCUACCCUAGCUUGAGGGAAUGAAAGCUUUUCCCCACACUCUGAAUGCCAGGCUUGCUUCUGAUACAAAGUCAGCCCAUACUUUAUCCUGUGCUUCUCAAGAGUUCUUAACUGUGCUGAGUGUCCAGAGGCCUUGGUUUGGGUGAAUCUACCAUUGCACCUCAUCAGAUCACUUUUUUUUCUUCACCUGAGUAUUCCAACAAUAGUUCUCCUAAUUAGGCCACCUUGAGGUCUACUUGGGUGUACCAAAAGAAAACCUCUUAUAAUAACUUAGAAGUUAGGCAUCCGUGGAUGUCUCCACAGAGAUUCCGAGAGGCAAGAUUGAUAACCUCCCACUUGACAACAGGUGGCCACUCUUCCUUCUCAAGGCAAGGAGCACUUGGCCUUCUUUCCUCUGCUACAGCUACUGACAUCUGGCCCCUGGAAUAAAACUGCAGUUCUCAAAAUCAGGCAUCCCUAAGAAGCUGGGCAGUGGGAUAGCCAGUUUGAUUCCCUAGCUAUAAACCCUGAAAGAUGACCACUAGAUGGCAGAAUGUCUACCACUAUCAUCCCCAAACAAGUUAAUUCUCAAGGGAAAACCAUCUUGCUCUUGAGUCUUAAAAACUAGAGAGUCAUAUUCUUUCUAUUCUUAUUUUAUAGCUAAAUCAAUAAGUAUAGGAGUGAUGUGAGAAACAACAGAGGAUAAAACUCAGGAGUGCUAAGACUUUGGGCCCAGUCCCUGUUUCAUUGCAUCACAGCACAGCAUUUUAACUCUGCUUGAGAUGUGUGGCAGAGAAGUCAUCCUGUGCAUAGGGACUCAGUUUCAGGGUGUUUCUGCCAUUCUUCACUUAAUAUCUUUCUGCUCAGAUUGGGAGCCUGAAGUGACAAAGAGAUCAGGAAGAAGUAUUUCUUUCUUGUCCAGAAUACUUAGGCUGUCUUCAUACCUUUAUCUGUAAAAUGCCAUAUCUCCAAAAGGUGAAAUAGUUCGUCUUUGGAGACAUCAGUCUUUGGUCAUGGUAUUCUUAACAUCCAGGAGUUCCUGAUUCUCCUAAGCUUGAGAUGCAUCCCAUGGCUGCUUCACUGCUUCUGCUUCCCAGGGACAUCAUUAACACCAAUCUGCUAAGCACCCAUUUCCCAAAAGUCCUUCCUCCUUCCCUUUUUGAUACCCUUUUAUGGAUACAAGUAGUUGAGAAUGGACUAUACUCAUUCCUUUCCUUCUUCGUGGCCCCAAACUGUUGUAUCCAGUCUUAGCAUGGCUACAAAGCUUUAGACAGCACAUGGGACAGCAGGGUGUUAUAUAGUAAAGCGGAGGUUUGUGGAUUGGGGACCAAAGCUGCAUCUGGGAAAAAUUGGAAGGAAUUUCCACACUCUAGGCUACCACAUCAUCCAGUGUCACAAGCCUAAGAAAGUCUCCCCAAGUUUCACCUCCUGGAAAAUGAGCAAUUCUUUCAUCCUCAGUAUUACAAAUCCCCAUGGGAAAUGUUCCCUCAAAGACUAGUCAGAGAAAGUGGUGCAUUCCCAACUCCUGAUACUUAAUUAUCAUGGGAAAACUCUAGUUCCCUGACCAGACAAAAGGAUGUCUUUGAAGAAAUGUCCCAGCGGGGAUUUCUCCUUCCUUCUCCUCUUCCUCUGUCAUGAAGACCUGGGCUAGGGCAUCUCUAACAUUUCACUGAGGGGAGUCAGCAUGUUGGUAUAAAAAGACCACAAACUUCUGAAUUAGGCCUGAGUUUAAAUCCCAGCUUCAUGAUGUGGGAUUUCUGGCAGAGGACCUCUCAGCCUCAAUUUCCACAGAAUGAAUUAUUAGGAUUUUCACUUAGGAUAAAAUGAAAUAAAGUGCUUAGCAUUGGGCCUAGGAUUACUCAAGAAAUGUUCCAUUUCCUACUUCCAAAUUCCUUUUCUAAUUAUUCUUCAAAUGGGAUUAAAGUAACUAUGGUUUAGGACACAAUCCUUACUGAAGAGGUUAGGUGACUGAAUUUGCUUAGGAAAAACAUUUGUUUCAUUGUAUGAAGGCAUUAAAGGACAAGUUAUAUGGUUCAUGAAUUCAGAGACAUUUUCUAGUUGUCUCCUUCUCUAAAUAGAACUCGUAUUUUCAUUUUAUUGGUCAAGCUGUUGUCUCCUCAAGUCUCCUUAUAUAAUCCCUUGUGUUAUCUAGUAACUUGAUCCCAAGGAAUUCACUCUGUCUACUUCCCUAGAUUUAGUACUUGCUCUGCCCCGAGCUUCUGCUUUAAUAUUCUAGUAUUUUCUAGAAGUAAACCCUCAUCUCCUUGUUAGUAAUCUCUAACCAGCCAAAAUCAGAUGUAAGCAAUGAUUUUUCAGAGGGAACGAAUUUAGAAUACUUAGUUUCAUUUAACCAUCAAUGCUGAUGAAUGCCUAUAUCAGUGUUUUAAUAAAAGAGAGAUGAAAAAUACUCAUUUCCACCUUCUUCAGUCAAAUUUGUGUUUCUGUCCCAAGCAAGAACCAACAGGGUAUGCAAUGCUUUUUUAAGCUUCUCCAUACAGAUUAAAAUCUAAUGAUCGUUUAUAAAUCAAACAGACCAAUUCAAUAGUGAUACCUCUUCACAGGACCAGUACUGAAGUAGGCAAGUCUGCAUUUUCCUAGUGAGAAAUCUCUGCUUCUGUAUUCUCAGAACUUCUAGGUUAGAAUGCCCUCCUUGGCCUCCCCCAACCCAACCCAAUGUAGAGAUUAUGUAGGAACCCAUUAGCCAAGCAAGCUGCUGUAUACUUAUGAGCAGCUCUCAUAGUGGGGUUGAAAGGGAGCAUGAGGAGAUUUGGAAGUACUGUAUUUUGUUACAUAAAACAAUGUACUAUCUCCCACAACAUCGAAAAAAAUUAUAAGAUUUUGUCAUCUUUUGAUGACUCAUUGAGAGCAUGGGGAAUAGUUCAUGUGUUUGUUAAAUGAAAACCGUAUGAAGCUAUUUGUGUGUCCCUUCCACUUUAUAACCAGAGAAACAUGAUUGUGAAUUUUUUAAACAAAGUGGUAUUUUAAACAUGGGCAAAUUUCAGCGUAUGCUUACCAGUUUACUAUUUGGUUUUAUCUUCAGGUACAGGUAGUUUGUGGUACUAUUGAAAAUACCUUUAGUAUUAUUAUUUUGAUCAGAAUUUGUAAUAUAUAAUCAGUUUGAGAUGCUGAAUAAAAUCUUUUUAAUCACAUGA